AUGCUCUCAUCGGACUCCCACAAUGUGUCUUUCACCACCACACAAUUCUCCAAUCAUAAUCUUAAAUCCUACAAACUAAACAAUCGAAGAACCCUAACUGUAUCCGCACUAGGAGCCGACACAUUUGAGGGAACAACACUAGCAGUCAUCGGAGGUGGCUCGGUCGCAGCAAUUGCCGCCGUGAUUUCACUCGCAGAACCCGAGAAGCACCAGCAGUUGCAGGCGGAGGAGGUUGUUGGUCAGGUUCACGUUUCAGGCACUGGUGCAGUGAAGAAGGUGUACAAGGGAUUUGAUCAAGAAGAAGGAAUGGAUGUGGCAUGGAACCAAGUAAAACUAAGAAGCUUCGGUGGAGAUCCAUCUGUUCUCAAGAGACUCUUUUCAGAAAUCAAACUGUUACAGACAUUAGAGAAUGAAAACAUCAUUGUUCUUUACAAUUUCUGGAGGGAUACUAAAAACAACACCUUGAACUUCAUCACAUAG